GUUUUAAAAUGAGUUGGCUUCCCAAGGCUUCUUCUCCAACUAUAAAUACUCAUACCCCUUCUUAAAACUCAAACCAAAAACACAAAGUUCUCAUCAUCUUCUUUACUUUCAAAUCUUUACUAAACAUCCCCUAAGCUUUCACUUUUAUCAUCCAAACCCAAAUGGGUCUAAGCUCAAGCCUCACCACCACCGUCGUGGUGGCUCUUGUGCUCGUAACAAUGUUCGGUUCAGCCUACUCAGGCAACUUCUUUGACGAGUUUGACCUAACAUGGGGUGACCAUAGGGGCAAAAUCUUCAAUGGAGGAAAUAUGUUGUCUCUGUCUCUGGACCGGGUUUCCGGGUCGGGUUUCAAAUCCAAGAAAGAGUAUUUGUUUGGACGCAUCGAUAUGCAGCUCAAACUAGUCGCCGGAAACUCAGCCGGAACCGUCACUGCUUACUACUUGUCAUCACAAGGAGCAACACAUGAUGAGAUAGAUUUCGAGUUUCUAGGGAAUGAGACAGGGAAGCCUUAUGUGCUUCACACCAAUGUCUUUGCUCAAGGGCAAGGCAACAGAGAACAACAGUUUUAUCUCUGGUUCGACCCAACCAAGAACUUCCACACUUACUCCAUUGUCUGGAGACCUCAACACAUCAUAUUCUUGGUGGACAAUUUGCCUAUUAGAGUGUUCAACAAUGCAGAGAAACUUGGUGUUCCUUUCCCCAAGAACCAACCAAUGAGGAUCUACUCGAGUCUGUGGAAUGCAGACGAUUGGGCCACGAGAGGUGGUCUGGUCAAGACUGACUGGUCCAAGGCUCCUUUCACAGCUUACUACAGAGGAUUCCACGCUGCAGCUUGCACCGUCUCUUCAGGAUGUGACCCCAAGUUCAAGAGUUCCUUCGGUGAUGGUGACGUGCAGGUGGCGAAUGAGCUCAAUGCUUAUGGCAGGAGGAGACUCAGAUGGGUGCAGAGAUACUUCAUGAUCUACAAUUAUUGCUCUGAUCUCAAAAGGUUCCCUCGUGGAUUCCCUCCUGAGUGCAAGAGAUCCAGAUUCUGAUUAAAAAACAUACAACAUUGCAUAUGAUUCACUGGUUGCUUGUUUGAUUCAAUUCUUCUCUUUGAUUUUUAAGAUUGGUUUCUUUUCUCUGUUAUUCUUCCAUUGUACAUUCUCAAGGUCAAUAAAGCUCCUCCCUGCUUUAUAAACAACUGAAUCAAUCAAAAACACAAACUAAACAUGUUACUAUUAAGACCCCCCCCCUCUCUUAUUAUAUGCAACUUCCUAAAAUAUAAUCACACAUGGCUCAGGAAGAGUGACUGAUAUAAAUAUGAUCACAUGGAA